GGUGGGAUGUCCCCCAGGCUCUAUUCGGUAGUCUCCCCAGGCAGGCUUUCACCCCAUCCACCUUUCCAUUGCUAAGGUCUUUUAACCACCUCUUUUUUUAAGAAAGAAAAAGAGGUGACUUAAGUUGUCAGCAUGUGGAAAGUGAUUUGUUACUGCUUUUAAGAGGGGCGGGAUAGAGAAAGUAAUACCGUCUUUUAAAUUGGCCCUUUCGUGUUGCAAAGCAUCUCAAACAAGCUCGGUAACCAGCCUGGGAAAGUAGCCCCACCUGCUUCAGUCCUAAGAGGCUUUGGCCACAACUCAAGAGCGUCAGGAGGUGUGUGUUGGCUGGGCGGAGUUUGUACACCGUGCAGCUCAACCAAGACAGGGGAACAGAGACGAAUUUGGGAAGCAGCUGCCUGAUAUGCUGAAAACCUCUGAAAAUUGGCUAAGGAGCUGUGAUUACGCUCGAUUUGAGGCCAAAAUCCAUGACCUACGAGAGCAGAUGAUGAACCACAGCAUGAGCUCCGGGUCCGGGUCCCUGCGAACCAAUCAGAAACGCUCCCUCUAUGUCAGAGCCAUGUUUGACUAUGACAAGAGCAAGGACAGUGGGCUGCCAAGUCAAGGACUUAGUUUUAAAUACGGAGAUAUUCUCCAUGUUAUCAAUGCCUCCGAUGAUGAAUGGUGGCAAGCCAGGCGCGUCACACUGGAGGGCGACAGUGAGGAGAUGGGAGUCAUCCCCAGCAAGAGGAGGGUGGAAAGAAAGGAACGUGCCCGGUUGAAGACAGUGAAGUUUAACGCAAAACCUGGAGUGAUUGAUUCAAAAGGGUCAUUCAAUGACAAGCGUAAAAAGAGCUUCAUCUUUUCACGAAAAUUCCCAUUCUACAAGAACAAGGAGCAGAGUGAGCAGGAAACCAGUGAUCCUGAACGAGGGCAAGAAGACCUUAUUCUCUCCUACGAGCCGGUCACAAGGCAGGAAAUAAACUACACCCGGCCUGUGAUUAUCCUGGGCCCCAUGAAGGAUCGGAUCAAUGACGACUUGAUAUCCGAAUUCCCUGACAAAUUUGGCUCCUGUGUGCCUCAUACUACGAGGCCAAAACGUGACUACGAAGUGGACGGCAGAGACUAUCACUUUGUCAUUUCCAGAGAACAAAUGGAAAAAGAUAUCCAAGAGCACAAGUUUAUCGAAGCCGGCCAGUACAACGACAACUUAUAUGGAACCAGUGUGCAGUCUGUGAGAUUUGUAGCAGAAAGGGGAAAACACUGUAUACUUGACGUAUCAGGAAAUGCUAUCAAGCGGUUACAGGUUGCCCAGCUCUAUCCCAUUGCCAUCUUCAUUAAGCCCAAGUCUCUGGAACCUCUGAUGGAGAUGAAUAAGCGUCUAACAGAAGAACAAGCCAAGAAAACAUAUGACCGAGCAAUUAAGUUAGAACAAGAGUUUGGUGAAUAUUUUACAGCUAUUGUCCAGGGAGACACCUUAGAAGAUAUAUAUACCCAAUGCAAGCUUGUUAUUGAAGAGCAAUCUGGGCCUUUCAUCUGGAUUCCCUCAAAGGAAAAGUUAUAAAUUAGCUACUGCACCUCUGACAACAACAGAAGAGCAUUUAGAAGAACAAAACAUAUAUAAUAUACUUCUUGGAGGCUUUUAUGUUUUUGUUGCAAUUUUAUGUUUUUGCAGUCAAUGUGAAUUUUUAUGAAUGUACAACACAAACUGUGUGAAGCCAUGAAGGAAACAGAGGGGCCAAAGGGUGGGACAGAAAAGACAUUGCAGUAUGCAGGAAGGCUUUGGUUUGCUCAAAGUGCCAGGUGUAGGGAUGAACCUCUGACAGGCUUUCUGCCCAAGAGAUGGGCAGCCUCCUCACCCCAGCAGAUGUCCAGAGCUGAUUUAGCUGCUGAGCCCUCUGUGUUUUUUGCUUUAAAGAAAAGCUGCCAGCACUUGAACCUCACCGACCUUCCCAUUACCCACAUCUGUAAUUGGUACACUUCGAAUUUCAUAACUAUGCACAUCCUUUGAUUUCUUAACAAGAAAAAAAAAGAAGGAAAAAAGGAGUCCCUUUGGAGGCGGCAUAAUAUCAGGGAAGGAUAAGUGUGUAGUUUCUUUGACUGGCAUCUGCAAAGACAAGCAUUUCAUAAAAUUCGCAAGAGUAUGGAGGACUGACCUUUCUAAGAGGAGGGGCCUCCACCUGGGAUUAGCUUUAUGAUGUUGAUUAUCUAUUUUGCCAUUUAUAAACUGAAAGAAGGCACUAAAGAUGAGAAUAAUUUAUACAAUAAAAAUAUAUUAAAUGUAUAGAAAUGAAUUUCUAUAGGUUAAAAAAAGUUUUGUGAAAUAUUUUAUAAAGACUAAUUAACCGAAAGACUAAACGUAAGCACUCUCAGCAGAUGAUCAAAUUCAAGACCUGAAAGUUGCACUGUCCCUUUUGUUGCCAACGAUCCAUUAAGAGCACCCGAGUUCUUUCCAAAGUCUAACAAAGACCUCCCUCACUAUCCUCCCAUGACCUCCCUUCCACACUAGAGAUACACUCUCAUGGAGCACAUUCUUUAAUGAGUUGCCUCAUGGAUAUUUUUGGAAGAUCUUUGGUUAAUACAUUUUUAAGCUGAUGGCUUUUCAGAAACAAACUCAUACAAAUAUUAAAGGAAGUUUUUGCUUUUAUUAAACAACCUGGGCCUGCUGUGCAAAUAGUUGAAUGACUUGUUCCUAGUUACUUACAUUUCUUGAAGGAUCUUUUAGUAUUUUUGGCCAACAAUGAGUAAUUAGCAUUGCUAUUUUUUUGCAUCACAGAGUAAUUGAAGGUUAUGUUAACAGCCAGAGAUGGUAUACAGCCAUAGGGGGAUCUGUCCCAAGAUACACUAUUUUCUUUUUGAGGAAGAGAGAGAAGAGACAUAUCUGGUUGCGGGGUGAGGGGUGCAGACUUUUGUUUCUGUGUGCAGGGCAAAGAGAGAGAACUGCAAGCAAAAACAAAUACUUUGAGCUCAACCAAUUGAACUGCCUUUCUUGGGGGCUGCACCUGGACCAAGUUUAAGUUUUUAACAAUUACAAUAAUGAUAACUGAAAAAAGAAACCUCCUAAAGCCUAUAAACUGAACCAGAAUAGUUAGUUCCACACUUCAAAGCUGAUAUCUGCAUUGCUUUUGCCCAAGGUGUUUAGGGAGAGAUACUUCAGUGAUCUCAAUAACCACUCAACUCUGGGUUCUAUGCAUGCCCAGACUAAGCCCCAUCGCCUUAUUUCUGGGGUACAUCCAGACCUGGCAGGAAUUCUGCCACACUGUGCAGCAAACCAGCAUGUAGGCUGGAGUGGGAGAGCAAGAGACAGAGCCAUCAGUAGUGAUGGGGCUUCUUCAAGUAAGACCAUCAGAGCUCAGAUUGAGGGUCUCUUUCCGAAAACAAGGAUUGUUCAUCUUACACUAAAUACUGUCUGCCUGGCUGCAGUCACCAAAACAUCCCCCAAAAUGCUAAAUCAUGCAUCUACCUAUAGUUUUGAGGCUGCCUUUGCCAAUGGAAGGGCUAGCGAUGCAUUUUUCCUCAGAUGAAAGUUGUUUCUGGAAACUUCCUCACAGUGCUCAAAAUAUUAAAGAUGUUUCCAUGUCUGCAAUUUGCCAGUUUCAGGUCAAGGCCUACUUUCAUCAAUAUUGCUCCCAGAAGUUUUCUGCCACCAGAAUGCCAUCCCUGAUUCCAGCUCUUAUUUUUUGGCCACCAUGAUAACUUCUUUGGUUUCUCAACUGAGCAUGCAACCAUUUAUUUAAAGGACUAUCAUUAAUGAGUAGAUGUUUUUGCGGGUCGUGUGAUGUGUUUUCCAUUUAAUAGUAUUGCCGUGGCUGAGUACAAUCAAAUUGAACCACCAACCCUUGGUUUUGUAGUAAUAUAAUUAUU